UAUAAAUGAUAAAGCGACACCAAUGCUCCUUCUUCUUCUUAAUAAGAAUGGCUCACAGAAUCUUAUUAUUCAUAUGCAAACCAAUUUUCCAUCUUCCUCUUAAAAUCUUCGCUUCACACUCUUAUUCUCUUCCAUUUUCUCAAUCACGAUCACUGUUACCGCCGUUAACAACAACACCUUAUUCUCUUCCAUUUUCUCAAUCAAAAUCACCGCUACCACCGUUAACAACAGCAACUAGAAACAGAAUCAACAACCGACUGUGGUGCUCCACCACCGUUGAUGCCACCACCGAAGAUGUUUCCAAACGCUACCUUGAGCUCACUGACGACGAGCUCAUGCGCCAGUGCGAAAUGGGAACUUUCAGGACCUCCGGCCCCGGCGGCCAGCACCGCAACAAACGCGACACCGCCGUCCGCCUUAAGCACCUCCCUACCGGCAUCGUCGCUCAGGCUUCCGAGGAUCGCUCUCAGCACAAGAAUCGCGCUUCCGCUUUGAAACGCCUUCGUGCUCGUAUUGCUCUCAAACUUAGGAAGACAGUGGAUCUUGAAGCUUAUUCGCCACCAAGGGAGCUUCUUCAGAUACUUCCUCCCAAGUCAUCCAUUAGAGGUUCAGAUUGUGGUCCACAAAUUGGACCCAAUAACCCCAAGUUUUUGCUGGGAAUGCAAGCUCUAUUGGAUCUCAUUUUUGCAGUUGAGGGUUCCGUCUCAGAUGCUGCAAAAUAUCUUGGGUUAAGUACUGGGGCACUGUCUCGGUUAAUUCUAUCAGAUGAUUCACUUAGAAUGGAAGUAAAUGAACUGCGGGCAUCAAAGGGUAUGAAGCCUCUCAAGUAGAAUCUCUGAAUUUUCACUCCAUAUGCAGAUGUCUCAGUUUGUGUCAUGGAUACAUAUAUCUACAGAAGGAAAUUCUUUGAGCCCAUAACAAGGUAUUUUUCUCCAGUGAAGAAUCAAGGUUACAAAUGAAUGCGGAAUCAGAAUUUCUGCUUGUAAGUAAGGCCUUAUUCACCAGACUCCGUGUGUAGAGUUGAAUGAAACUGGUUUUGUAUGAUAUGUUGAAGGUGAACCCUGAAGCAGCAUCAAGACAGCAACCUCAAAUACAUGUUGCAUUCCUGUGUACACCUUGUUAAAACAUUGACAGCUACUUUUGUAAUUUUUUUCCCCCUUUUUUUAGUUUUUUUUUUUUUUUCUGGUUGUAUUUGAUUAUUUUAAUUUUAGUUGUUUCUAGUGAACAUCAAGUUGGCAACCUGAUAUACAAGAUGCAGAUCUUUGUAGAUUUUAUAGACAAU